AUGGUACCUUGUGCGGAAGGUGAAUCUACUAUUAAUUCACCGUAUCUUGUUCCUUUUGCCCUAAGAACAUCGGGUUGUAAUGGUAGUCAAGAGCAAGGAUCUGAUUCUGCGCCUGUACAAACUAUCGCUUUUACUAUAAUUCAGCAUCAGUGUAGUACUGAUAAUUGCAAGGAUAUCUGCAUUGAAGAAUUAGAUGUGCAUUCUUUGGGAUUACAAGCUGCUCUUCAUAAGAUUGAAAGUAAAGUACCGAAAGGUUCCCUUUUGGUAACAAAUGGUAUUAGUGCUAUUAGACAGGUGCUUCAUCCUUUGGCUUUACGUCUAUCAUUCAAACUAUCAGCACUAUUUUACAAAUUUAUCAAUAUUUCUCGGCACGAAGCGUUACCAAUUCUCAAAAAUUGCUCACUUGAAGAAGAAUUAGCUUCAGUACGCGAUAGAAUUCGUUACUUAUGUAAAGAAUGA